UUUAUUUACUGGCUUAUUAAUAUAUUUACCGAUAUUUCCACGCCCAACUUCCAAUUGGUUUGUACAAAUCCAAUAACACUCUCUUGGCGCGUUGCCGCAAGCUGACCAGUAUUCCAUAGCACGAACAACCCAUUCCAGUCGUUCGGCGUGAUCGGGCGACAAUGGGAAACCGCCGGUUCGUGCCCACCAGCGACGACGAGGACAACUCGCCGCCGCCUCGCAACCCAAACGGCGAUGAGAAGAGAAGCCAGAGGAAGCGCAAGAAGGUGCAAUUCCCUGACGAGGAGGAGGACGAGGAUAGGGACUUGGACGAGGUGAAAUUGAGUGAGCUGAAGCAGAAGAAGAGGAAAAAGAGGGAGGAUCCGGAGCCCGACCUAGAGCCCGAAAGCGAAAAUGAAGAGCCGGAGGAUUUGGAAGCUCUGCCGGUGGGCGACGCUGUUAGGGUUUCGGGUAAGGGGAGAGGGAGGCGGAGUCAUUUCGCGUCCUUCGAGUACGACGGUCUUCAAUAUCAGCUGGAGGAUCCAGUGCUCUUAGUUCCUGAGAAUGGGAAUCAGAAACCAUACGUGGCAAUAAUUAAGGAUGUUUCCCAAACACGGGAAGGGGCUGUUAUGGUCACCGGGCAGUGGUUCUACCGUCCAGAAGAAGCAGAGAAGAAAGGGGGUGGAAAUUGGCAAUCGAGUGACACAAGGGAACUGUUCUAUAGUUUCCACAGAGAUGAAGUACCAGCAGAAUCAGUCAUGCAUAAGUGCGUGGUGCACUUUAUACCUCAAAAUAAGCAGAUUCCACCCCGCAAACAACAUCCUGGGUUCAUCGUGCAAAAAGUUUAUGACACAGAACAGAGGAGGCUUUUCAAGUUAACUGACAAAGAUUAUGAGGACAAUAAGCAGCACGAGAUUGACCUCCUUGUUCAGAAAACUCUUGCACGAAUCGGGGAUCUUCCUGAUCUUGAGCCUGAGGAUGCUACUGUGGAGCAUGAAGAUCCACUGAAGAGUAAACGACUUAUAAGGAAGAGGAACGUAUCUCCUUUGGAUGUUACCAGGGUGGAUGGAGGACUUACUAGAUCCCAGUCAAUUAAAGCAGAAACUCCUGGGAGCACUUGUGGGACCGGAUCCGAAUACUUUUUGAUCCUGUCUAAUCUUAAGCUCUCGACUGGGGAAACACAGCGUGACAGGUGGUUGGAGAAGCUACUUCAAUCAAUUCAGUCUGUUUGCAGUUCUGAUGGUAAGCAGAAAGAUGAACAGGAUGGAAACAAGAAUGAUGGUGAAGGUUCAGAAAAUAAACUUCAAGAUAAGGGUGAUGCAUCAUCUGACUGGCCAGAUACAGCAGCUCAUGCGGUGGCUGCUCUUGAGAAAGUUGCUCAUGAGACGCUUUCUGCAGAUUUUCAGAAGUAUAAUCAAAAGAUGCGGCAAUUAGCGUUCAAUCUUAAGAGUAAUGUUGUAUUAGCACGACGCCUUCUGAAUAAGGAAUUGGAACCUGCUCAGAUACUCAAUAUGUCGCCUAAUGAGUUAAAGAUGACCGAUGCUCGUUGUUCGAGAUGCUCCCUAAAACAAGUAGCAUUGGUUGAAGUAUUUCAGACUGGACAUGGUGAUCGAUACAAGGUUUCUAACCUUCAAACUUUGGUUGGCUAUUUUAUUCGUUUCAAG